AUGUAUUUCUUCCUCUGCAAUCUGUCCUUAAUUGACCUGUGUACCACAACCAGCACGGUGCCUCUGGCCCUUGUCAACUGCCUGAGAGACUGCCCCACCAUCACCUACAAUGACUGCUUUGCCCAAAUGACCAUCAUCCUCUUUUUGGGCAUGACCGAGUGCUGCCUAUUGGCCGUCAUGGCUUUCGACCGAUUCGUCGCCAUAUCAAACCCCUUGCGUUACACGCUGAUCAUGACAAUGAGGGCUUGUUUCCGGAUUGCCGCUGUCAUGUGGAUAAGUAGCUUCCUGAUGGCCCUAAUUCCUGUGCUCUCUAUACCGGUGCGGUUUUGUGCAGGGCACAAUGUAGUGAACCAUUUCAUAUGUGAGGUGGUAGCCGUCUUAAAGCUGGUCUGCUCGGACAGCACUGUCAGUGAGACACUGAUGUUGAUAAACUCAAUUGUCAUCGUGCCCCUCCCCUUUCUCUUCAUCCUCCUCUCUUAUAUCCGGAUCGCGGUGGCUGUCUUGAAAAUCCCCUCCACAGCUGGGCGGAAGAAAGCUUUCUCCACCUGCGGAUCGCACCUGACCGUGGUGACCAUCUACUAUGGGACCAUCAUCUCCAUUUUUGUCAUACCUCAGAACAAAGACAGUAAGGACCGGGACAAAAUCAUCUCUAUAUUGUAUGGAACAGUGAUCCCCAUGGUGAACCCUCUUAUUUAUACAUUGAGAAACAAGGAUGUGAUAGGAGCCUUGAGAAAGGCAGCAGGGAAAACCAAGAAAAUAAGCCUGUCUGUGUGA